UUAAAAGUUCACAUAACCCCGCCGAAAAAACGACAUGUGCUUUCUUGUGAUCAGUUUCGUUCUUUAUUACCUUCAUUACGAUUGUUUAAUUAAUUAGCUAAAUUGCAUCUAAUCGACGUCAGAAUUAAAUACGCUUGCAGCACGUGUUUAAUUGCGCUUUCUUUCUACAUUUAUAUCAUUGUACAAAAUUGGAGUAAACUGUAAGAUUGUCUAACAGCAUCAUUGAUUUUAAUUACUUUAUCUGACAGUUAAAAUUAUAUUAUUAAAUUACGUAUACAAUUUUAAAAAGCCUGCAUAAUGGCUGAUGCAAAUGUCACGGAAACGACAACCAAUGUCACAGAAAACGACAAAAAUCCGUACGCGUAUCUCGAUAGAGAGGAUUUUACAUCUGAAAAAUAUAAAAUAGAAGUGCGCGGUUUACCAAAAUAUUAUGGAAUUGGUGAAUUCAAGAAGCUUCUAAAUGAAAAGUUAGAAUUACAAUUAUGCAAGGUGAAACCACCCCGGAAAGGCAGCGGUUGGUUGUAUGUAUGCUUCAGAAAUGAAGAAUGUCGUCAACGAGCGAUAACUACUAUAAAUGGUAUUUUAUGGAAAAAUAGUAAACUCACUGCACAGGUAGCUAAACCAGCACCAGAUCCAUUUGUGAAAAGAAAAUUGGAAGAAGAGGAGUCUAAUCACAAACGUUUGAAGACUGAUUCAAAUUGUUCUCCUGUGGAUAAAAUCAAAUUUAUUACUACUCCUUUAUGGAAUAUGCCAUAUCCAAAUCAACUAGAACUCAAGCAGAAGGAAAUGAAAUCCAUUCUGAUAAAAAUAGGUCAACAGAUGCUUAAAGAAAGUAAAGCGCUGACAGAUUGGAUAACUUCACAAAGAAAAUUAUAUGACGGAUUGCCUUGUGAGUUACAGACGAUACUUUCCACAGAUAUUACUGAAGCGUAUAGAAACAAAUGCGAGUUUACAAUUGGUAAAGAUACUGAACAGAACAAAGUUAUAAUUGGGUUUAGAUUAUCAAGUUACGCUUCAGGUUCUACUGCAGUAGGGCCUAUCGAUGAUCUUUGCCACAUUCCUGAGAGUAUGAAGGUUGCGGUAAAGAUAUUGGAAACAUUUAUACGCGAGUCCAACUUGGAGCCUUUCAAUCCAGUCAAUCAUAGCGGAUAUUGGAGACAAGUUACCGCUCGAAUUACUCGUGCCAAUCAUUUGAUGUUGAUAGUAGGAAUACAGGCUCAGGAACUAAGCAGCGACGAAUUGGAAAAGUUGAAGUCACAGCUGCGAAUAUUUUUCGAAACGGGAAAAGGCGUUGACGCACAUGUCACUUCGUUGUACUUUCAAACGUUGGAUAAAAAGAGUAUAGGUGGCGAAAGCAACGACACUUUGUAUCAUAUCAGUGGUACGGAAUAUAUAGAGGAAACGCUCCUUGGAAUGAAAUUUCAAGUUUCGCCUCAAGCAUUUUUUCAAGUCAAUACAUUAGGAGCAGAAGUUUUAUAUAAAGCGGCGAUUGGUCUUGCUGAACCCACGAUGGAUACAUCGCUACUUGAUGUGUGUUGCGGCACUGGAACCAUAGGCCUCUGCUUUUCGAAGCAUUGUGGCGAAGUACUAGGAAUAGAAGUAACGCCCGACGCUAUAAAGGAUGCAAAGGAAAAUGCUGUCAAGAAUAAUAUCACCAAUUGCGAAUUUUUCGUCGGAAAAGCGGAGGACAUUUUAUCGCCUGUCAUUCAAAGGGCGACAAAGUCUAAUAUUAUUGCCAUUGUGGAUCCACCACGUGCUGGCUUGCAUCAAAAAGCGUUAUUGACGUUACGCAAAGUAAAAAAGUUGAAUAGAUUGGUGUACAUAUCAUGCGACCCUCGUGCUGCCAUGAGAAAUCUAGUUGAUUUAGCACGACCUAGUUCAAAGCAAUAUCUCGGUGAACCUUUGGUGCCAGUAAAAGCCAUUGCAGUGGAUAUGUUUCCUCAUACCAAACAUUGUGAAUUGAUAAUGUGCCUUGAAAGACUAUCGAAGGCAAUGAAAUCAAACGAAUGUACCACCCAAGAAAAUACGAAAUAAAGAAUACUUAAAUGUUUUAUCAA